UACAAUGUGAUACAAUGUGAUCCAUGUGAUACAAUGGGGUCAAUAAUUACUUAUCUUCCUGUAGUUUUUGUUAUUGCCAUUAAGUUAAAAUGCCCAAAACAGUUACUAUCUGCAUUUUACAGAGGAAGAAAUUGAGUCCUUAAGAAUUUAAAGACGUUUUGAAAGUCAUUCAGCUAGCAGUUGGGUAGACCUAGGAUGGUCAGUCAAAUCUUGAUUUAUUUCACACUUUUUUGUUUAUUUUUGUCAAAGCAGUCUCAGAAAGAGGGGUUUGUGUACCAGGUGUAAGGAAUAGUUAAUAAACUUUGGUCAUUGAUCCCACAGUAAAAUCCAAGCUAACCCCACGAAGGGAUCUAUAAUAAGAACUGGGGCUUGAGACAUGAAAUGAGAAUUGGCUGGCUGCAUCACUUUUGUUCUAGUACCUUAUUUUCUUCUCAUGGUCUUCAUAAAAGUCUUAGGAUUUGUUGAAUAUUCUAGUACUUGAAAUGUAAUUUCCAGGCUGAGAAUUUAAAAAAAGAAGAGUACAGUUAUGUACAUGUUCAUGCAGUGGCAUUGUUUUACAUGUUACAUACAUUUGGAAUUUUAUUUAAAAAGAAGUAGGGAGACUUGCUAUUUAUUUGUAGACGAAGAGAGCCAGAUAACUUUAGUUGACCAGAACACUCACAGGCCAGCUCUACUUUUUACUGAUGAGUAGUAUUCCAACACCAUUAAUGUAGGUGGUCGCGUCUGUUGGUUCAACUGGAAACAUAUCUCAAAGGUUAUGGACCCCAUUCCUCUAUUCUCUUGAGAAAGGUAACAAAUAAGAUGAGGGGGCACUGUGUGGACCAAUGGUGAUAAUGUGCCAUGAACCAAGUGCACGUUGGUCUACACCCCUAGAAAGAGAGCAAGAGAGAAGAAACCUAUGUGUAGACCUUUUCAUGGACCACACACUGGCCACGUUCCUGAUGUUGGUGAAACAAAUUGGAAAGGAAUAUUCUCCCUCAUGGGACAGUGGGCAAGGGAGUUUGUAGGCUUACUUCUGUCCCCAAGCCUCUAACAAGAUCAGAUUUUCUUUCACAGUUUUGUGUACACCCUGAUUGUAAAAGUUUAACUUGUGUUAUAGCUGUUUUCCUUGGUAGAACUCCAUGAAUAGGAGCUUAUUCAUCAGUGUACUGUUGGUCCUGUAAGUGUCUGGCACACAGAAGGAUGUCUAUAAGCAUUUGUUGAAUUGAACUGUACCAGUCCCAACCACUGGCAAAAUUUGGCACAGCAGUAGAACCUUUAUGUAUUUAUGCAUAGCGGUUGUUAAUUAUUAUGUGUAACUUAUGAAUAAUGGAAGCUCUUCCACAUUUUUUCUUUAGUCUGUUUAAAUUAGGACUUUUUAAAGGAAUAAUAUUUUUUCCUUAAAAUGUAUCAUUUUCUUUCCAGGCAUACUAAUUAUGAGGGAAAAAGUGAAACUGACUGUUAGUGACAUUAUGAUUAAUUGGUACUUGAAAUAAUUUGUUUUGUAAUAUUACAUUUCUUCAGUAAUACACAAAUUAUAUUAGAAAACAUGUUUAGCAAAAUCUUUGGGGGCAACAUUUUUUUUGUAAGGAAAUGAAUAAAAAUAUUUCUGGAGCCUACUAGGCAGUUUCCUUAGCAUCACUUCCUGUAGUCAAAAGGACCCACCAGCUGGGCACACUUAACUGCCUUGGAUUUGACGGCUUGGUAAGGUGGAAAUCUUAACAUUUCACAUCUAGAGUUAAUUUUGGUGUUUAUUAACCUUAAAAGUUAAGAGGGUAUCAAGAACAAUUGAUGAUUCAGAACUUGGUAAGUUAUGGGAUUAAGUAGUAUGUGAAGCCCUUCUAUGUUUUAAAAAUUAGGAUUUGCUCUUCACUAAAGGUGAAUUUCCUGACUCUUUUCUAAGAGUCAUAUUCAACUACAUUAAUAACUGCUGGUAAGAGGCAGAAAAUAAAAUUACUUUGAAAUGGAGCUCAGAGAUUUCUAGACGAGAAAUUUAUUUUAAAAUGCUAAUAAUAAAUAAAUAAAUUAUAUGGAUAUAUAUUUAUAAUAUUGAUUUUUAACAGAUGCUCUUAAAAUAACUUUAACCUAGUUUCUUGCUUUGUGAAGACAAAGUUGUUUCUUGUUUGUUUUUUGUUUAACAAAGGUAACUUUAUGAGUGUUUGAGAGUAUAUUUCUUUUGGCUCAUAUUUCUGUGUAUUCACCUGCUUGUAAAUCAUAGCAAAAAGGAACAAGCUAAUGGACUAAUGUAUGAAGUAAAAGGGCAGAAAAAUGAGCACAUUUACUAUUUAUGCACUAUGUUCUACUGUGUGCUUUCCUCCAGUGCUUACUUAUCCUGAAUUCCUGAACAACUUUUUCCCUCAUUGUUCAUUAGUGUCAGUUGGUAUGUUAUAGAAAUGCGUGAAUUUCUAUAAAUUAGUUGUGAGUGUGAAUUUCCCACUAUUGGUUUCCUCAGCAGACACCCAAACUUAAUUUCUGUUUCAUGAACUAAAAGUUGUAGCUAAGGCAUGACCAUGUCCGAUCGAAAUUAACACUAUUAUCCUUUGCAAUGAAAAGGGCGAAUAAAACUAAAGUUGCUGGUAGUUGCCCCUGAUACAAGUGUUUGCUUAGCUUUGACCAUACAUCGAUCUAUUUAUUUUACAUUUUACACAUCCAUGGGUAUUCCUCCUGAUAAUGCCAAGGAAUGCUUUCCUUUGCAGGCAUCAUUCUAACAACACAAACACAUUCACUGUAAAUUUUAAACUCUCGUUCUCUUUUUUCCUCCUUUAAUAAAUUAUCUCGUUGAGAUUAUUCAUUGUUUUGGCAGUACUCUAAAUGAUCUUGCUUUUGCAAAAUCAUUGUAUAUUCUAUAUAAUGGCAUGCUGCUUUAAAACUGUAAAGUUUAGGGUUGCUAAAGGCAAAAGCUGACAAUAUUUGUUAAUAUUGAGAAUAGGUAAAAAUGGGCCUUUGGGCAGUCAACAAAAGUAAAAUUGAAAUCUGACUUUAAAUCUUUUGAAAAUCUAAAAUUAAUAUAGAUUUCUUUAUACCAAUCAGAAAUUCAAAUUUUGUUUUAUGUUACUGAUCUUUAAGUUGUUUAUGUGUCACAGUGAGAAUGAUAAGAACCUUUUUUUAAUUGUAUGAAGUAAAUGGAAGGAAAAAUAACAGUAUACAUCACUGUGGUAAAACUAAAAUAUCUUUAAUGAUAGCAUGUUAGUUUGGACUACGUUUUGUUUUAUUUUACAGUGAAUUAGGAAGUGUUUUUGGUUCUGUUUUUUGGAAUUCUGGUAAAUGUGAACAACAAUUCAUAUGCAUAUAGGUGUAAAAAAGACGUAUUUGAAAAGAUAACGCUGUGUGAAUUUGUCCAGUGAGGAUAAGUAGCAAGUUGUAAUUACCUUCUGUAGUUUUAAGUCAUUGGCUGUAUUGAAUACUUCAGUGAAGUAUCUGGGGGAAAAUUGUGGUUGUACAUACUACCUUGUGAGUGUUGCAGGAUUUAGUAGUUCUCAAUGACCAUUGUUACUUUUAAAAAGGAAGAAAAAAGUAGUGAGGGGAUAGGAUAGGAAGUUUUGAUGUGUGGGAGGGGAAAGGAAUCAUUACUUCUCAGCUGCUGAAGUCGCAGUUUAUUUUGUUUUAGGCCUCUUUGCAUAGCAUAUUCUAGAGGAUGGCGAAGGAUAAUACUUUGGGGUGAAAAUGUUAGUAUCCUUAACAUACUUCCGGGUGGUUUAACUAUUAAUCAGAAGCACCAUGGAGAUUAAAGAAUUGGAGCUAGGGAUUAGAUAGGUUUUAGUGAGGCUUUGCCAUGGAAAAGCUAUGAAAUGGGUGAGUCAUAUAACGUCUCCUUGCUUCAGUAUCAGCGUUACUUCGAAAGUGAGGUUUUACUUUCAAAUGUAUUGAGUAUCAGGGUGAAUAGAACUUAGGGCUGAGAGGAUGUCCCUUAUGAUUUUUUGAGCUUGGCAUUUAAUAUUUUACAGCAAAGUUUUUAGCUUAACAUAAUUGAACUUGUACUAGAUAGGGUUAAUAGGCUAGAACAAAAGGUCAAAGCAUAAGGCAUUAGGCUUAAUUAAGGGAGAGCAGGAGUGGCAGGAGUGUGUGACAGUUAAAUGGGUUUCCCACAGACUAAUGUCGGUUACAGUGCAACCAUGCCUCAACUUAAGUGGGUUAUUUUGUGCAAAGGGCAGCAGUGAUUAGCAGUUUGACAUGCCAGACACUUCUGGCCAAUCCCAUCUGUUUUAGAGGUUAAAAAAGCACACCUUUAUGAGCUGAUGGAUUGAUUUGUGUGCCCGUCUGGUAAAGAUUAGAAGUCCAAGGCCAACGCAGUAAAUGUCAGUUAUAGAAUAUUAUACUUUCUUGGUUGGCUCAUUGUUUUAACCGUCAACUGUUUUAUAAUGGGGGAUAAGUACUGUUUAUGGUGUUGAAUGCAAGAUACGUGGGGGAACAGGUGAGGGAGGAAGAAAAAUAUUUCCUAGAUGGACUUGUGAAUUAAAAUAUUCUGUAGCAGGUGUUUACAUUUUAAAUGGAGUGUUUUUGACCUGUUCCUUACAGUUUCAGUCACAUUGUUCUUUUCUGAGUGUUACCUGAGCAACACUGUCAGUCCAGGAUUUAAUUUUGCAUACAGAAUUGGUAGGUUUGUUUAUUUAGGUACCUCUUUUUAAAGGUGUAAUAAUUUUUUAUUGACCUCCUGAAGAAGGGAAAAUAAAAUGAAAAUGACACACACACACACAUGGGCACGCACACACACACACGCGAACACACACACAGAGUUCUGUGUUCUUUUAUGUGGUCAGUCAGGUGCAUGUGAAAAGGAGACACAGGAGGGGCUCAGGAAAACAAAGUUUAUUAUACUCAUGAGUUCUCGGAGGCACAGCAUGACAUUCAGGGCCACAUGAGAAAGCCCCAGUGUUGGUCUGGGGCCAAAGGGGCAGGAGCUAGAAGAGAGACCAGGCUGCAGCCGUUUCUGGAGUAUCUGUGGGAAAGGCAAGGCAGGGCGGGUAACCAAGUUUAGGAUUAGCUAGUUUGCAUUAGCUGUAGGUAAAUGCUACUGCUACUACUACUAAUAAGCUAUAGGUGUAUAAUAAUAGUAGCUUUGAAUAAGUUAUAGGUAUACAAGCUCUAGACUGUAAGAGUGAUCCCUAGUUUGCCUGGUAGGUACCAGGCAGAAGAAUAUUGCCUCCUAGGUGUAUGGGUCAGGUAGAGGAGGUAUGACUGUGGGUUGGUUAGUUUGCCUGUGAAAGGCGUGCUGAGUCCUUUGCCUUCUCUAAGCAUUGGCUGGCCCCUAGAGGGGCAGUCUCUUCCCAGCCAGAAAGGAGUCAAAACCAUCAUAAUAUACAGAAAAUAAGAAACAUAAACAAUACAUACAUAUGUACUUGCUUUAAGGGUAGGAUUUACUGUGGUCACGUGAGUUUGAAGUGUGUUUGAACUUAGACUCUAACCUAUUUCUUCAUUGAAAGCUGUUAAGUGCGAUGCCAUUAAUAUAGUUCAUUUUCAGUUCUGUAUUGUAGCUCAUUUAAAGAUACACAAAUACUAGGUUGUGGUUAUAGAAAUUGUCUCCAACAUAUUCUGAAAUUCAAGGAAAGGAAAGAUCCCAAUAUUAUGUGUAUGAAAUCUUCAGAUAUUGUCCUUAUAAUCAGUGAACUUAGGAACAUAAAGCAUUGAUUGAUUCUUUUGGGAUAGGCAGAGAGAGAAUGUUUGAGAAAAACAAAAGUUGUCUUAACAGAAGAUUAUAUUCUUCCUGAGGUUUGAGUUUAAAUAGAAAUGUAGCCAAGAACAUUGGAAACACAUUGGAAGGUUCUGAUUGGUCUCAAUACUUAUCCUUGUCAAAGAAUGUGAACCAAAAAUUGCCUGUUACCUAGUUACACAGAUUAUAUAUUUCAUGUCUGACCCUGAAUUGUUUCUUACAGAAAGAAAAUUAAAAUACCAAGAUGUGGUCACUGAAAGUUAUAUGUAGAUAAUAAUAGGAAUUAGUAUUUUAUUAUGUAUAUGUAUGCAUUUAUUUUAAAACUAAGCUAAUCCAAAGUGAAUUGGCUUAACUUAUAAAAAAGACAUUGAGAAAUUUUAUUUCUCAUUUACAAAGGACAAAGUGACAUCAUGUAUUGAAGUUUAUUUAGGAAUAUAUUAAUUAAAUAUGUGUCCAUCCGUGUGUUCUUUGUGAAGUAGCAUCACUUGAAAUGAUUUGGAUCUAAUAUAGAUUUUCAUAAAAAAAGUUUUGCCCUUCUCUAUAGGGAGAGAAGGUGAAGAAGCAUAAAUUUUGUAAUAUCAUUGCUUCUCUUUCAUUAAAUCAUUUGUAAGUUGUGAAAGAUUGGCUUGAGUAGUGUAAAAGUGCUUGGAUAGUAAAUUAAAUGUGAGAGAUUCACCUAAUUUAAUGGGUGGAAACUGCUUAAAUGAAUCUUUUGGUGAUGUUGUAUUAAACCUGAAACAAAUACUUCACAUUCUGCAUAUGUACUAAUAUUAUAAACAUUUAAAAAGUACCCUAAAUCCUAUUCUUUUGAGUUCCUUCCCUUUUCUCCAGUAACUUCAAGUGCCAAUAAUAGCUUGUUUGUGUUACAGUUGCAUUUUACAAAGCUAAAGGGAAAUAUUUUGUAGGGUUAACUUUUUUGUGUGUGUGUUUUGAUAUACUCUUGAGGUUUUGGAGAAUACACAUUAUCCCCUGUAAUCUAUGAUUGUUAAUCUGUUAAUCUAUUGUACCUCUUUUCUUUUAUUCAUAUAGUAUUAUUGGAUUUGAGACAUGUAAACUAUGCUUCUCUAAGCAAAUUAGUUGAAUAUAUUCUUGUUUAGGUUAUAAAAAAUGAAAGCGGGAACUCUUAACAUACUUGGCAUCCUGUGUUUUAAAUUCUUGUCCUAAAACUAUAGCUUUGUAACCUGAAUAUUAGGUGUUAGAAAUUUUACAAGACAAUGGGAAAAUAAUGGCCCUACAUUGUAUUUUGAUUCUAAAUGCUAUUAGGGUAUAUAAUUGUUCUUUACCCUCUAUUUAGGCAGAUUAAUUUUAAGAAGAAAACCAUAAUAUAUGAUGGACUUACUCAAAUAUAUAUUUUAGUGUUAUUUAUAUAUUUGUAAAAUGAAUACGUGUGUGUGUGUGUGUGUGUGUAUUUGUGUGAUAUAUUUUAAAUGGAGAUGUCUACACCUGUUGAUUGCAUUAAGCAUUUAGUAUCCCCUAAUGAAGGAUGGAAAAGGUGCUGCUACGCUAAGUGGAUCAUUUCUCCUUGGUAAAUUACACACAUUCUACUUUUUUGUAUUCUGUGACCUUGCAGUCAGUGACUUCAGCCCAGAAUAGUUUCAAAGUCAUGUAAAUGAAUGCAAUUAAGGUAUUGCCUAUCAUCUUACAUAGUUCAGAUGGAACCUUAUUGCAUAGAGAGGUUUAUUUGCUUUAUGAGAAAGGUCAAAAUAAGGUUAAAUUUUAUUACAUAAAAUGAUUUGGUAAUGUUUUUAUUUAGCUCCUAAGAAAGUAAUGUCCUAAUAGGAAAUGAUAAUGCUUUUUUUUUUUUUUUCCUUAAUCACCUGGAGGUCUCUUCAGGUUCUGUUUGUUUUUGUCUGAUAGUUAUAAACUCUAUUUUGAGGAGAUGCCUUCUGUCAACUAAGAUUUUGGGAACAUGCUGCCCGUAGUUAUGAUUCUAGGUAUCUUUGACUUAUACACUUAGGUGACAUACCCUGUUAAUGAUAUAGGGUAGCUUUGGUGUUGCUGAUGUGUAGGCAUACUUCAUUCUAUUGUGCUUCACUUUAUUGCUCUUUGAAGAUAAUUUUGUUCUUUACAAAUUGAAGGUUUGUGGCAGCCCUGCAUUGAGCAAGUACCAUUUUCUCAACAGCAUGUUUUCAGUUUGUGUCUUUGUGGUCACGUUUUGAUAAUUCUCACAAUAUAUAAAACUUUUUCAUAUUAUUAUAUAUGUCAUGGUGAUCUGUAAUCAGUGAUCUUUGAUGUUACUAUUGUGAUUGUUUUGGGGUACCAUGAACUGUGCCCAUAUCAGCCGGCGAACUUGUUAAGUGUGGUCUGACUGCUUUACAGACUGGCUGUUCCCCCAUCUCAUCUCCCUUUCCUUGGAAUUCCCUGUUCCUUGAGACACAACAAUAUUGAAAUUAGGCCAAUUAAUAACCCUAUAAUGGCUAAGUAUUUAAAUGCAAGGAAAAGUUGUAGGACUCUUACUUUAAAUCAAGAGCUAGAAAAGGUUAAGCUUAGUGAGGAAGGCAUGUCAAAAGCCAAGCUCGUCUGAAAGCUAGGCCUCUUGUGCCAGUUCACCAAGUUGUGAAUGUAAAAGGAAAAGUUCUUAAAAGACGUUAAAAGUGCUACUCCAGUGAACACAUGAAUGAUAAGAACACAAAGCAGCCUGAUAUGGUUUGGCUGUGUCUCCACCCAAAUCUCAUCUUGAAUUGUAGUUCCUAUACUCCCCAUGUGUCCUCGGAGGGACCCAGUGGGAGGUAAUUGAAUCCUGGAGGCAGUUACCCCCAUGCUGUUCUCAUGAUAGUGAGUUCUCACGAGAUCUGAUGGUUUUUAAAUUUAAUUUUAUUGAUUGAUUUAUUUUUGAGACGAAGUCUUGCUCUGCCGCCCAGGCUGGAGUGCAGUGGUGCGGUCUCGGCUCACUGCAAGCUCCGCCUCCUGGGUUCACGCCAUUCUCCAGCCUCAGCCUCCCAAGUAGCUGGGACCACAGGCGUCCGCCACCACGCCUGGCUAAUUUUUUGAUUUUUAGUAGAGAUGGGGUUUCACCGUGUUAGCCAGGAUGGUCUCUGUCUCCUGACCUCGUGAUCUGCCUGCCUUGGCCUCCCAAAGUGCUGGGAUUACAGGCGUGAGCCACCAUGCCAGGCCGAGAUCUGAUGGUUUUAUAAGAGGCUUUUCCCACUUUGCUUGGCACUUCUCCUUCCUGCUGCCUUGUGAAUAAGGUGCCUUGCUUUCCCCUCACCUUCUGCCAUGAUUUUAAGUUUCCUGAGACCUCCGCAACAAUGCGGAACUCUGAGUCAAUUAAACCUCUUUCCUUUAUAAGUUACCCAGUCUCGGGCAUUUUUUCAUAGCAGUGUGAGAACGGACUAAUAGGCAGCCUUAUUGCUAAUAUGGAGAAUAUUUUAGUAGUCUGCCUAGAAAAUCAAAGCAGCCAUAUCAUUCCCUUAAGCCAAAACCUAAUCCAGAGCAGCACCCUCACUCUAAUUCCACAAAGGCCAAGAGGAGAUGAAGAAACUGCAGAAGAAAAGUUGGAAGCUAGCAGAGGUUUGCUCAUGAAGUUUAAGAAUAGAAGCUGCCUGGAUAACAUAAAAGUGCAAGAUGAAGCAGCUAAUGCUGAUGUAGAAGCUACAGCAGGCUUCCAGAAGAUCUAGGUAAGAUCAUUGAUGAAGAUGGCUACAUUAAACAGCAGAUUUUCAGUGUAAAUGAAACAGCCUUCUGUUGGAUGAAUAUGCCAUCUAGGACUUUAAUAGCUAGAGAGGAGAAAUCAAUGCCUGGCCUCAAAACCUCAAAGGACAAACUGACUUUCUUGUUAGUGGAUAAUACAGCUGGUGACUUGAAGUGGAAACCAGUGUUUGGCCAUUCCAAAAAUCCUAAGCCCCUUAAGAAUUAUACUAAAUCUCUUCUACCUAUGCUGUAUAAAUGGAAGAAGCAGCCUGGAUGACAGAACAUCUGUUUACAGCAUGGUUUGCUGAAUAUUUUAGGCCCCCUAUUGAGACCAACCGCUCAGAAAAAAAAAAAAAGAUUCCUAUCGAAAUAUUACUGUUUAUUGACCACGCACCUGGUCACUCAAGAGCUCUGACGGAGAUGUACAAGGAAGUUAAUGUUAAUUUUCAUGGCUGCUAAUACAACAUCUAUUCUGUAGCCUGUGGAUCAAGGAGUAAUUUCAGCUUUCAAGUCUUACUGUUGAAGAAAUACAUCUUGUGAACCUGUAGUUGCCAUAGAUAGUGAUUCCUCUGAUGGAUCUGGGAAAAGGCAAUUGUAAACCUUCUGAAAAGGAUUGACCAUUCUAGAUGCCAUUGAGAACAUUUGUGAUUAAUGGGAAGAGGUCAAAAUACUAACAUUAAUAGGAGUUUGAAAGAAGCUGCUUCCACCCCUUAUGGAUAACUUUGGCGGGUUCAAGACAUCAGUUGAGGAAGUAACUGCAGAUGUGGAAAUUGCAAGAAAACUAGAAUUAGAAGUGGAGCCUGAAGAUGUGACUGAAUUUGUAUAAUCUCAUGAGAAAACAUGAACGGAUGAGGAGUUGCUUCUUAUAGAUGAGCAAAGAAAGUAGUUACUAGAGAUGGAAUCUACUCCUGAUUGAAGAUACUGUGAACAUUGUUGAAAUAAUGACAAAGGAUUUAGAAUAUCAUGUAAACGUAAUUGCUAAAACAGUGGAAGGGUUUGAGAGGAUUGACUCCCAUCUUGAAAGAUGUUCUACUGUGGGUAAAAUGCUAUCAAACAGCAUUACAUGCUACAGAGAAUUAUUCCGUGAAAGGAAGAAUCAGCCGACGUGGCAAACUUCAUUGUUGUCUUGUUUUAAGAAAUCAUUACAGAAACCCCAACCUUCAGCAACCACAAGCCUGAUCAUUCGGCAGCCAUCAACAUGGAGGCAAGGUGUCCAUCACUGAAGAGUAAAACUCUCUGAAGAUUCACAUGAUUGUUAGCAUUUUUAGCAAUAAAGUAUUUUUAUAUUAAGGAAGUGUUUGGAUUGUGAGCUAUUUCAGAACUGUUCUCAGGACUCAUUAUUUGAACAUUUGGGAGAAACACAGCCAGAAGAUGCACACUUGACUGAAGGAGGACGGGGAAUCUGAAGACUCCGGAUGACAUCAGAGCUACUUUUCAACAGCCUUCUCAAUUUUCUUUCUCAGAAAGCAGAGGCUCAGAGCUUGGAGACAGACGAACGCUGAUAUUUGCAUUUAAUGGGGAACAAAAGAUGAAGAAGGAAAAGGAGUAUAUUCACUAAGGAUUCUAUCUGCUUACUGCUGCAGACCUAUGUGUUAAGGAAUUCUCCUCCUCCUUCUUGCAUAGAAGUUGAUCAGCUCUGUGGUCAGACUGCAUUCAUCUUGUCAUUGCCAGAAGAAAUCUUGGACAGAAUGUAACAGUACAUCUCUCUCUGAUUGCGAUGGAAGGUGAUGAACUGAUACUCCUUUAUUAAAGUUACAUCGCACUCACCACAGAAAACCAUUCUUUAAAGUGAAUAGAAACCAAGCCCUUGUGAACACUUCUAUUGAACAUGACUCAUGGAGAAGAGCUUGGCUCUGAUGUGCACCAGGAUUCUAUUGUUUUAACUUACCUAGAAGGAUUACUAAUGCAUCAGGCAGCAGGGGGAUCAGGUACUGCCGUUGACAAAAAGUCUGCUGGGCAUAAUGAAGAGGAUCAGAACUUUAACAUUUCUGGCAGUGCAUUUCCCACCUGUCAAAGUAAUGGUCCAGUUCUCAAUACACAUACAUAUCAGGGAUCUGGCAUGCUGCACCUCAAAAAAGCCAGACUGUUGCAGUCUUCUGAGGACUGGAAUGCAGCAAAGCGGAAGAGGCUGUCUGAUUCUAUCGUAAAUUUAAACGUAAAGAAGGAAGCUUUGCUAGCUGGCAUGGUUGACAGUGUGCCUAAAGGCAAACAGGAUAGCACAUUACUGGCCUCUUUGCUUCAGUCAUUCAGCUCUAGGCUGCAGACUGUUGCUCUGUCACAACAAAUUAGGCAGAGCCUCAAGGAGCAAGGAUAUGCUCUCAGUCAUGAUUCUUUAAAAGUGGAGAAGGAUUUAAGGUGCUAUGGUGUUGCAUCAAGUCACUUAAAAACUUUGUUGAAGAAAAGUAAAGUUAAAGAUCAAAAGCCUGAUACGAAUCUUCCUGAUGUGACUAAAAACCUCAUCAGAGAUAGGUUUGCAGAGUCUCCUCAUCAUGUUGGACAAAGUGCAACAAAGGUCAUGAGUGAACCAUUGUCAUGUGCUGCAAGAUUGCAGGCUGUUGCAAGCAUGGUGGAAAAAAGGGCUAGUCCUGCCACCUCACCUAAACCUAGUGUUGCUUGUAGCCAGUUAGCAUUACUUCUGUCAAGCGAAGCCCAUUUGCAGCAGUAUUCUCGAGAACACGCUUUAAAAACGCAAAAUGCAAAUCAAGCAGCAAGUGAAAGACUUGCUGCUAUGGCCAGAUUGCAAGAAAAUGGCCAGAAGGAUGUUGGCAGUUUCCAGCUCCCAAAAGGAAUGUCAAGCCAUCUUAAUGGUCAGGCAAGAACAUCAUCAAGCAAAUUGAUGGCUAGCAAAAGUAGUGCUACAGCGUUUCAAAAUCCAAUGGGUGUCAUUCCUUCUUCCCCUAAAAAUGCAGGUUAUAAGAACUCACUGGAAAGAAACAAUAUAAAACAAGCUGCUAACAAUAGUUUGCUUUUACAUCUUCUUAAAAGCCAGACUAUACCUAAGCCAAUGAAUGGACACAGUCACAGUGAGAGAGGAAGCAUUUUUGAGGAAAGUAGUACACCUACAACUAUUGAUGAAUAUUCAGAUAACAACCCUAGUUUUACAGAUGACAGCAGUGGUGAUGAAAGUUCUUAUUCCAACUGUGUUCCCAUAGACUUGUCUUGCAAACACCGAACUGAAAAAUCAGAAUCUGACCAACCUGUUUCCCUGGAUAACUUUACUCAAUCCUUGCUAAACACUUGGGAUCCAAAAGUCCCAGAUGUAGAUAUCAAAGAAGAUCAAGAUACCUCAAAGAAUUCUAAGCUAAACUCACACCAGAAAGUAACACUUCUUCAAUUGCUACUUGGCCAUAAGAAUGAAGAAAAUGUAGAAAAAAACACCAGCCCUCAGGGAGUACACAAUGAUGUGACCAAGUUCAAUACACAAAAUUAUGCAAGGACUUCUGUGAUAGAAAGCCCCAGUACAAAUCGGACUACUCCAGUGAGCACUCCACCUUUACUUACAUCAAGCAAAGCAGGGUCUCCCAUCAAUCUCUCUCAACACUCUCUAGUCAUCAAAUGGAAUUCCCCACCAUAUGCCUGCAGUACUCAGUCUGAAAAGCUAACAAAUACUGCAUCUAACCACUCAAUGGACCUUACAAAAAGCAAAGACCCACCAGGAGAGAAACCAGGCCAAAACGAAGGUGCACAAAACUCUGCAACUUUUAGUGCCAGUAAGCUGUUACAAAAUUUAGCACAAUGUGGAAUGCAGUCUUCCAUGUCAGUGGAAGAGCAGAGACCCAGCAAACAGCUGUUAACUGGAAACACAGAUAAACCGAUAGGUAUGAUUGAUAGAUUAAAUAGCCCUUUGCUCUCAAAUAAAACGAAUGCAGUCGAAGAAAAUAAAGCAUUUAGUAGUCAACCAACAGGUCCUGAACCAGGGCUUUCUGGUUCUGAAAUAGAAAAUCUGCUUGAAAGACGUACUGUCCUCCAGUUGCUCCUGGGGAACCCCAACAAAGGGAAGAGUGAAAAGAAAGAGAAAACUCCCUUAAGAGAUGAAAGUACUCAGGAACACUCAGAGAGAGCUUUAAGUGAACAAAUAUUGAUGGUGAAAAUAAAAUCUGAGCCUUGUGAUGACUUACAAAUUCCUAACACACAUGUGCACUUGAGCCAUGAUGCUAAGAGUGCCCCAUUCUUGGGUAUGGCUCCUGCUGUGCAAAGAAGCGCACCUGCCUUACCAGUGUCCGAAGACUUUAAAUCGGAGCCUGUUUCACCUCAGGAUUUUUCUUUCUCCAAGAAUGGUCUGUUAAGUCGAUUGCUAAGACAAAAUCAAGAUAGUUACCUGGCAGAUGAUUCAGACAAGAGUCACAGAGAUAAUGAAAUGGCAUUUCUAGAAUCAAAGAAUCUUUGCAUGGUCCCUAAGAAAAGGAAGCUUUAUACUGAGCCAUUAGAAAAUCCAUUUAAAAAGAUGAAAAACAACAUUGUUGAUGCUGCAAACAAUCACAGUGCCCCAGAAGUACUGUAUGGGUCCUUGCUUAACCAGGAAGAGCUGAAAUUUAGCAGAAAUGAUCUUGAAUUUAAAUAUCCUGCUGGUCAUGGCUCAGCCAGCGAAAGUGAACACAGGAGUUGGGCCAGAGAGAGCAAAAGCUUUAAUGUUCUGAAACAGCUGCUUCUCUCGGAAAACUGUGCGCGAGAUUUGUCCCCGCACAGAAGUAACUCUGUGGCUGACAGUAAAAAGAAAGGACACAAAAAUAAUGUGACCAACAGCAAACCUGAAUUUAGCAUUUCUUCUUUAAAUGGACUGAUGUACAGUUCCACUCAGCCCAGUAGUUGCAUGGAUAACAGGACAUUUUCAUACCCAGGCGUAGUAAAAACUCCUGUGAGUCCUACUUUCCCUGAGCACUUGGGCUGUGCAGGGUCUAGACCAGAAUCUGGGCUUUUGAAUGGGUGUUCCAUGCCCAGUGAGAAAGGACCCAUUAAGUGGGUUAUCACUGAUGCGGAGAAGAAUGAGUAUGAAAAAGACUCUCCAAGAUUGACCAAAACCAACCCAAUACUAUAUUAUAUGCUUCAGAAAGGAGGCAAUUCUGUUACCAGUCGAGAAACACAAGACAAGGACAUUUGGAGGGAGCCUUCAUCUGCUGAAAGUGUCUCACAGGUCACAGUCAAAGAAGAGUUACUUCCUACUGCAGAAACGAAAGCUUCUUUCUUUAAUUUAAGAAGCCCUUACAAUAGCCAUAUGGGAAAUAAUGCUUCUCGCCCACACAGUGCAAAUGGAGAAGUUUAUGGACUUCUGGGAAACGUGCUAACGAUAAAGAAAGAAUCAGAAUAAAAUGUACCUGCCAUCCAGUUUUUGAUCUUUUUAAAACUGAUGAGUAUGAACUUGAGAUCUGUAUAAAUAAGAGCAUGAUUUGAAAAAAGCAUGGUAUAAUUGAAACUUUUUUCAUUUUGAAAAGUAUUGGUUACUGGUGAUGUUGAAAUAUGCAUACUAAUUUUUGCUUAACAUUAGGUGUCAUGAGGAAACUACUGAACUAGCAAUUGGUUGUUUAACACUUCUGUAUGCAUCAGAUAACAACUGUGAGUAGCCUAUGAAUGAAAUUCUUUUAUAAACAUAAAUAAUAGGCAUAAAUUAAAAUGUAAAACUCCAUUCAUAGUGGAUUCAUGCAUUUUGCUGCCUUUAUUAGGGUACUUUAGUUUGCUUUUCAGAAGUCAGCCUACAUAACACAUUUUUUAAAGUCCAAACUGUUAAACGACUCUUUAAAGGAUAAUUAUCCAAUAAAAAAAAAAAACCUAGUGCUGAUUCACAGCUUAUUAUCCAAUUCAAAAAUAAAUUAGAAAAAUAUAUGCUUACAUUUUUCACUUUUGCUAAAAAGAAAAAAAAAUGUUUAUUUUUAACUCUUGGAAGAGGUUUUGUGGUUCCCAAUAUGUCUGUCCCACCCUGCUCCUUUUCAAUAUAUAUUUCUUUAAACGUUGUGCUACUUAGUAAAAAUUGAUUACAGUUGAGGGAAGUUUGAUAGAUCCUUUAAAAAAAAGGCAGAUUUCCAUUUGUUGUAUUUUAACUACUUUACUAAAUUAAUACUCCUCCUUUUACAGAAUUAGAAAAGUUAACAUUUAUCUUUAGGUGGUUUCCUGAAAAGUUGAAUAUUUAAGAAAUUGUUUUUAACAGAAGCAAAAUGGCUUUUCUUUGGACAGUUUUCACCAUCUCUUGUAAAAGUUAAUUCUUACCAUUCCUGUGGUACCUGCGAGUCUUAUGACCAGGAUUCCUUAAAGCUGAACUCAGACCACUUGCAUUAGAACCAUCUGGAGCACUUGUUUUAAAAUGCAGAUUCAUAGGCAGCAUCUCAGAUCUACAGAACAAGAAUCUCUGCUAAGUGGACAUGGAAUCUUCCAUCUGCAUCUUAACAUGCUCUCUAGGUGUUUCUUGUGUUUGAGAACCAUGGCUUAUGACUUUCCUCAGAACAUGAGACUGUAAAACAAAAACAAAAAAACUAUGUGAUGCCUCUUUUCCCCAAUACAGUCACAACAUCAGCUAAAAAUUUGCAAUAUUGUAGUUCAUAUAUUACCGUUAUGUCUUUGGAAAUCGGGUUCAGAACACUUUUUAUGACAAAAAAAAUUGGGUGGAGGGGAUAACUUUCAUAUCUGGCUCAACAUCUCAGGUAAAUCUGUGAUUAUUUAUGUGUUCUAAUGAGUAACAUCUACUUAGUUAGCCUUAGGGAUGGAAAAACAGGGCCACUUACCAAACUCAGGUGAUUCCAGGAUGGUUUGGAAACUUCUCCUGAAUACAUCCUUAACCGUUAUUAAAACCAUUGUCCUAAGAACAAUGCCAACAAAGGUUACAACAUUUAGUUUAAACCCAAGAAAGGCACUCAACUCAGAUUGACUAAAUAAAAAGUACAAAGGGCACGUAUACAUGACAGAAUUGUACACAAUCACUCCAUUGGAUCUUUUACUUUAAAAUAGUGGUGAAAAAUAAAUGUUGAUACUGUCUUAGAAGAAAUUAAUAUAUUAUUGAAGCCACAUGGGAUUUCAAUUGUGAAACAGGUCUGUUUUUAUGUUCAGUUUGUACAAUCCGCAAUUCAUUCACCAGAUAUUUUGUUUUUAAUUGUGAACCAGGUUAGCAAAUGACCUAUCAAAAAUUAUUCUAUAAUCACUACUGGUUAGAAAGAUAUUGAUUUAAAAUUGUUCCACUUGAAGUGGUUUCUAAGAUUUUUAUAUUAAAAAUAGGUGUGAUUUCCUAAUAUGAUCUAAAACCCUAAAUGGUUAUUUUUCCUCAGAAUGAUUUGUAAAUAGCUACUGGAAAUAUUAUACAGUAAUAGGAGUGGGUAUUAUGCAACAUCAUGGAGAAGUGAAGGCAUAGGCUUAUUCUGACAUAGAAAUCCACUGGCCAGUUGAAUAUAUUCUAUUCCAUGUCCAUACUAUGACAAUCUUACUGUCAACACUAUAUAAAUAAGCUUUUAAACAAGUCAUUUUUCUUGAUCGUUGUGGAAGGUUUGGAGCCUUAGAGGUAUGUCAGAAAAAAUAUGUUGGUAUUCUCCCUUGGGUAGGGGGAAAUGACCUUUUUACAAGAGAGUGAAAUUUAGGUCAGGGAAAAGACCAAGGGCCAGCAUUGCUACUUUUUUUUUUUUUUUUUUUUUUUUUUUUUGUGGGCUUUGUUUUGUUUUUUGGUUGGUUGGUUGUUUUCAUUGUUGUUAACAAAGGAAUGAGAAUAUGUAAUACUUAAGUAAACAUGACCACAAAGAAUGCUGUUCUGAUUUACUAGAGAAUGUUCCCAAUUUGAAUUUAGGGUGAUUUUAAAGAACAGUGAGAAAGGGCAUACAUCCACAGAUUCACUUUGUUUAUGCAUAUGUAGAUACAAGGAUGCACAUAUACACAUUUUCAAGGACUAUUUUAGAUAUCUAGACAAUUUCUUCUAAUAAAGUCAUUUGUGAAAGGGUACUACAGCUCAUUGACAUCAGUAAGGUAGCAUUCAUUACCUGUUUAUUCUCUGCUGCAUCUUACAGAAGAGUAAACUGGUGAGAGUAUAUAUUUUAUAUAUAUAUAUAUAUAAAAUAUGUAUAUAUAUAUAUUGACUUGUUACAUGAAGAUGUUAAAAUCGGUUUUUAAAGGUGAUGUAAAUAGUGAUUUCCUUAAUGAAAAAUACAUAUUUUGUAUUGUUGUAAUGCAACAGAAAAGCCUUUUAAUCUCUUUGGUUCCUGUAUAUUCCAUGUAUAAGUGUAAAUAUAAUCAGACAGGUUUAAAAGUUGUGCAUGUAUGUAUACAGUUGCAAGUCUGGACAAAUGUAUAGAAUAAACCUUUUAUUUAAGUUGUGAUUACCUGCUGCAUGAAAAGUGCAUGGGGGACCCUGUGCAUCUGUGCAUUUGGCAAAAUGUCUUAACAAAUCAGAUCAGAUGUUCAUCGCAACAUGACAGUAUUCCAUUUCUGGACAAGACGUCUGUGGUUUAAGCUUUGUGAAAGAAUGUGCUUUGAAUCCAAGGGUCUUAUUAAAGAAUUUUUUUAAUCAUCAGCCACUUUUAAACGUAAAGAAUUCACACAACUACUUUCAUGAAUUUUGUAAUCCCAUUGCAAAUAUUAUUCCAAGAGUAUCGCAGUAUUAGCAAUACUGGAAUAUAGGCACAUUACCAUUCAUAGUAAGAAUUCUGGUGUUUACAACCAAGUUUGAUGCGAUCUGCUCAGUAAUAUAAUUUGCCAUUUUUAUUAGAAAUUUAAUUUCUUCAUAUGAUGUCAUGAAACUGUACAUACUGCAGUGUGAAUUUUUUUUGUUUUGUUUUUUAAUCUUUUAGUGUUUACUUCCUGCAGUGAAUUUGAAUAAAUGAGAAAAAAUGCA